AUGUUCCUGAAUAAUAGAGAAAAUAUCUCCAGAACAGUUGUGACAGAAUUUGUGUUGCUUGGCUUCUCUGAUCUUCCGAUGAUGCAGCUUCCACUUUUUUGCCUCUUUCUAAUUUUGUAUAUCUUGUCAUUAAUUGGCAAUGCUCUGGUGGUCAUCAUGAUCCGCCUUGACUCCCGUCUCCACUCCCCUAUGUACUACUUUCUCAGCAACCUCUCCUGGUUGGAGAUUAUCAUCACCACCACAGUCACACCAAAGAUGCUCAGCAUUUUGAUCUCAGAGAAAAAGACCAUCUCCUUCUUUGGAUGUGCUCUCCAGAUAACAUUGUACUUCCUUGCUGGAACCACAGAGGUCCUCUUACUAGGAGCCAUGUCUGUAGACCGCUUCUUGGCCAUUUGCAACCCACUACGCUACACAGCCAUAAUGAGUAACCAGGUCUGCACACUGAUGAUGAUUUCCUGCUGGUUGGGAAGCUUGUUCUGUGUCACAAUUGGCAUAGUCUUCAAAUCUGGCCUACCUUACUGUGGCCCCAAUGUCAUUGACCAUUUCUUCUGUGACACAGCACCCUUGACAAAAUUGCUCUGUGCAGACACACAUCUCAUUCAAACAAUAGAAUUUGCCUCAUCCUGUUUCACACUGCUGAGUUCUGUCUCUGUGACAACAAUCUCCUACCUCUGCAUCAUUGUCACUGUGAUGAGGAUGCCUUCAGCUCAGGGUAGGAAGAAAGCCUUUAGCACCUGUAGCUCUCACAUCACUGUGGCCUCACUCUAUUAUGGCAGCUCCAUAUUCAUCUACGUCAGGCCAGCUGGCAGCUCUUCUAUGGAUUUCAAUAAGGUGGCCACGGUGCUCAACACUGUGGUAACCCCCUUACUCAACCCAAUUAUUUAUAGCUUUAGAAACAAGGUAGUCAAGGAUGUUGUAAAAGAUGCAGUGAAGCAUAUUGGAGCUACAUUAGGGAGGGAAGUUGAUUGA